GGAUAACAUCGGCUAAUUGAACGGGUUUCGCGAACAAGAGUGAGUUGGAGGACGCCCCACCUGGCUGCGGGAGGCGAGGCUCGCGAUUCUCGAUUCUUGAAGGGGCACGUAUGCUCGCCUUCGUUCCCCUUCGGCUCCGUAAGACAUCGGGACCUCCUUCACUGUGGUCCUCAAACGAGCCUCGCGCUCCGCCAGACUAAAAACUGAAAUAUAAAUCAGCCAAGUGAGAAAAACAUAAUGAGGGUAGUCUGCACAUUUUGCGGACUGUUCUUGGCCAUUGCCAUUGUCAAUUGCAGUCCUAUUGUCAAGAGAGAUGCAGAAGAGCCAUCCCCGGAGGAUCUCAAUUCAGUGAACGAAAUCUACGUAUUUGAAACCGACGAUGAAGCGACCGACGGUGAAAACAAAGGUAGAGAUAAAAGGAAGAUUGGUCUCGUGGUUGGGAUAUCGAAUGGCAUCAUGAACUUCGUAUUUGGCAAAGCAAACUCUUUAUUGGACUCGAAAAUAAGAGCACUCGAUGCCCUUGAAGAAGCCAACAAGGCGAAAAACGCCAUUUAUGGAAUCGACCCUAACAAAUCGGCAACGGCAGAGUUCGUCAAUAAAUUAGUGUCUCAGAAAAUCCAAGCCGCAUCAAGCAGCAUAGGACCGCUUAUAAACGGUGCAACGACGUUCUUCUCAGGAGCUUCAUCUGGUUUGACAAACGCAUUUGUCUCGAAAUUCGCACCACUAAGCUCGCUUUCCGGUGGUCUUUCUGGUGGAGGUGCAGGAGGUAGUGGCGGAUCAGCUCCCGGAUCGAAUUUUAUCGGCACUCUCCUGACCCAAGGGAUCGGCACUUUGUCGAGUUUAAGCCAAACUAGUGGUAAUUUAGGCAGUUUAAGCGGCGGUAUCAGUGGAGGAGGCCAGUCCAUCACUUCUGGCGCAAGCGAUACGAGCUCUGGUGCGCAGGCCGGCGUUGGACUUAAUAUCGGAGCUUUCGGCAAUUUAGCAGGGAAGGUGCCUAUUACUACUACUACGGACAAUACACCCAUUUUUGAUAGGAAUAAAGUAUCCUUGGAUAUACCAUCAAGAGCAUUCGGCAGUGGUUUCACCCUAGUAACUAACGUUAGCAAGGUUCUCAGCAGUAUAAUCUUAAACUCGGCACGCCGAACACAGACGUUCCUAGAGAUCUUCAAGCCGUUGUUCCGCGGUUCUUUCGCUAUAAAAGGUUUACCAUCGGAUAACUUGCAUUAAGGCAUCUCAUUUCCAUAUCUGUAGAGAUGAUUAUACUACGAUUUAAUUGCUCAAUAACUAUUGUUUCAUCAAGAAACAUUAAACAA